ACCACAGAGUACUUUCUAUUUUGAUCUCAACUUUGACGUUGGCAAAAUCAUCGUUUUGGCGAACGAUGGAGCCAUGAAACUUAAAAAAAAGAUAUAGGUGUACCUAUAAGUGUAUAUAGAUUGGGUACCUAGGUACCUAGGUUAUCUAGUACCUACCUACCGUACCAAAGUUCUGUGUUCUGUGACCUAACCUAAACACAACAGAGUCACUCAAAAUCAAGCCUUGGAGUAAAAGCCUAAAAAUAAUAGGUACCUACUUUUUGAGUUUAAUUAGGUUAUUCUAAUAUUUGUAGCAUGAAUGAAAAUCGUUCAAUUUGUUACGAAAAGUCUUUAGAGUAUUGGGCAGAUAUACCACCUACUAUAGAUGGAGUACUAGGAGGAUUUGGUUAUAUUUCGCAAGUAGAUGUACAGGGAUCAACAUUAUUUUUAAAAGCACUAUUUUCAUCACGAAAUCCACCCUCUACUCAGACAGCUCUAGACUGUGGUGCCGGAAUUGGAAGAAUAACAAAACAUGUUUUGAUUCCCCAUUUUAACAAGGUAGAUGUAAUUGAACCCGAUGAAAAGUUUAUAAAAGAAAUUCCGGAAUUCGUUGGCCCAAUGAAAAUCAAGUUGGGGUCUUUGUACAAGCUAGGCCUUCAAGAAUUUAUUCCUGAUAAGAAAUAUGAUGUUAUUUGGAAUCAGUGGGUUCUUGGAUACCUAACAGAUGAUGACUUAGUUUCCUAUUUGAUACGCUGCAAAAACGCCUUGGCAGAAAAUGGAGUAGUUGUGAUUAAAGAAAAUGUGACCACAUCUGGAAAUGUUGAAAAGGAUGAAGUAGAUUCAUCUGUGACAAGAUCUUUAAAACAAUACUUGAAAUUGUUUAAGACCGCACACUUAAAGAGAAUAAAACAGUCAAAACAAACAAAUUUUCCAAAUGGAAUAUACCCUGUGUAUAUGUUUGCGUUAGUACCAAUUCCAGAAGAUCAAACUGUGACAAUCCAGGAGAUAUCAGAGGGCUCACUAGAAAAUCCUUUGUCUACAGUACUGUAAUCUAAUUCAUAAUAAAGUUAUGAGAAAAUAUAAGUCUAAGGGCAAUUAAUGGACCUAUAAGUACAAUGUUCAGUAGGUAUAUUGUUAGAAUAUCAGAAUUAUAUCAGGUAAAAUAUUUAAUACAACAGAAAACUGGAACGAGAAGUAUUUACAUAAUGGGCUGUUCACUGUUAAUAUUCCCAGUUGUUCUCAUUGAGUGAUCAUUAUGAAAAACCCUUAGAUUAGGAAAUUAUAAAUACUCUUUAUUAAACUAUGCUUUCGACAGUGGUUAUGUCAUGAUAUAACCACUGUCGGAGGCAUAAUGUACAUUUAUAAAAUAUACGUACAUACACGGAAACUGCACAUAAUGUUCUCGGUAACGUUCUCAAGAGCGGAAAUCGAGAAAUUAAUUAAUCCUUCCUAUUCGCCUCAUUUUGAACAUCUGGGAGCUUACCAUCUCUUAACGCGAUCCAAUUUACGACCUAAACUGAGCUGCAUCGCAAAUUCAUCAUUCAUCGACUUAAUGGAAAUCAUCGAUGGUAGGCAUCUGUAGAUAAAUUGGACUAAGGACUCUGCACUGCAUGGCCACCUUCUGAUUAUUGUUGUGAUAUCAUAUUAUUGUAAUAUGAUAUCACAACUAUGAAAUAAAUAUGUUCAUGGUUGUAUGACAACCAUGACAACAUUUCAUUUUUUGAUAUAAUGUAGCAUGCACAAGGUAAUCUUUUGAUUUUCAGAUAUCGUUGUUGAAUAUUAAUUGAAAUAAAAAGUAAUUUCUGAAAAUUA